AUGGCACAAGCCGUACAAAGUAAUAUCAUCGAUCUAACUGGUGAAGAUGACAAUGACGACAGCAUCGCAAGGGCGCAUGCUGCUUGUCAGAAGGCCUUUGCAGCCGCAUCACGAUUGACUAACCACUUUGAAUCCCUGAAAACGAAUCCUCUCCCAGCCGUUGCUCCCAAACCGCUGGUGCCGCCUCGGCUUGGAACAUUUUCCAAUCCCGCUAGGAAUGAAACGAAUGGGCUCAAGAAGGAUGGGAUUAAUAAUACUAUACAACGACAAGAUUCCAUGAUCCCCAGCCUCGGUGUCUCAUUCCCUCAGUCAGCUCUAGGGAUAGCGGCUUCAAGGCCAGCGAAAUCUCCCUCAAUAUUAGAGAGACCGAAAGGAGACGAGCGACAGCCAAGGGAGAACACAUCUGUCACUCCUAGGGCCGAUACCUCCACUAUCCGCACGCCACGCUCAGCUGCUGUCUCCGCCAAGCAGAAUAUAGCUGACACAUGCAAUGAAAUGGAAGAUUGGGUCAACAAAGAUCCAAACCUAGUACCACAGCAGGCUGGCGUCAGUACACCAAGGAAACCGGGGAGACCGAAGAAAGAUCCCGAUGAAUGGUCACCCAGUUCGACUACGAAGAACAACGUAGAAGAGCGAAAGGGACUGGGCAGAGUUGUCACCAACGCACCGACACCAUCCGCUGACGGACACGAAGACUUGAGAGCCAACGAAGACAAUGGCUUGUUCCCCAUCAAAGGAGUAUUGACCUCAUUAGGUACAAAGAAGCGGAAGCUCUCAGGAUCGUUCCAAUCCCAUCCUUCUCCUGUCAAAUUGGCUCGAUGGAAUGCAGAGCCGAGCGCUCCUCAUCCGUCUACCCCUCCGAAUGUGGCUGAGCCCGCCCGCAGUGAGCAUGUGCACGAUGGAACAGGUAACAUUUCUCCCGCUGGUUGCUUCCCAAGGUGUGUGUAUCCUGCUCUCAAAGCAGCGAAAGCAGUAUACAAGCAAAGCCUUACAGAGGACGAAUUGACUGGCAUCGGAAACAGCAUUACCAACCAAAUUUUGGAGCAAGGAGUAGAGGCAUUUUGUCCAGCAAGUGCUAAUUGUCCUAAGAAUCAACGAACGGAAUUGAUAUUGAAAUCCGUAUCGGAGAAUUUUCAUGAAAAAGCACUGAAGGUUAGAAGUGGGCUCCCUGUCAACUUGAUUGCCUUCGCAGAGGAUUCCUCGAAAGGUGUCACUGAUCCUCCCUUCAACCGCGAUCCUAAAGCAUCUCCACUCGAGCGCGAUUCGUCUAUCAAGAAUAUCGUCAAGACGAACAAUGAGUCGCGAUCGAAGCCAUCGACUACAAAGUCUAGGGAGAAUAGCGCAUCGACAGACCAGGCAGACGCUGGUCUCUUCGGACGAUCCAAGCCAUCAAUGCUGCACACGCAAGAGAAGAUAGAUCCUAGGCUCCACCCCAGAUUCCACGAAGCUGCUAGUCCUACUACAUCUGAGCCUAUACUGUCAUCGGCAUCCACCGGGCUCGUCGCAUAUGCUGCCCUGUUCGAAUCAGUAGUGUAUCCUGCCAUGAAGAAGUCAAAAAAGCGUCACAAAGACAGUCUUCCUCGAGAAGAGUUAGAUGCUAUCGGCAAAACUAUUGUCAACGAUGUUCUGGACAAAUUAGCAUCUCACUCAGAGAAUUCAUACCAGCUGGACGAGAAUACAAAGAAGAAAAUCAAGCACUUCGUGAAGAAGUCUUUUCGUCAAAAGGUUCGGAGGACUAAUGCGCAAUCUUCACAUAACCCAACUACUCCUGUAAAUGGUUCAAGACUUGAUAUAGCUACGCUUUCAUCCGGUUCUCCAGAUCUAGAAGGCACGACUGGAGGUCCUCGUGCUCGUGUACCCGGUUUAAAUGACUCUGAGAAUGCCUCCGUGAGUCAGGCCAUUGCAGUAAACGAAAAAGAAGAGGCACAGGCACCGCCUCCCAUACCCCUAGAUCAACAACAGUCUUUGUCGUUACAAACCUCACCAACUGAGUCUUCAACAUCCCCUUUCGGACCCAAUUUUGAUCGUGGUCGGUACCCUGCUCUGCGCCGUAAACGCGGCAAUAAAUAUUAUACUCCAGCCAGGACUUCAAAAACCACCCCCAAACUCAAACAAAAUCAUUUUAUACCUUCUGAUGAUUACUUGCGUUCGCGGCCUGUCACAAGACUCCCGACUGAUCCAAGCUUGACUGCUCCAGCUUCAAACCAGCAUAGCAAUAAUUUGGGAGUAUCGAAUGGCAAAGACCAGGUGCGGCUUUUAAAAGCUUUAGCAAGUCAACCUACGACCUUCCGGGUGAGUGAGACGCAGCUGAUAACCUUGGCGACUGCUGCCGAAAAGAAAAGGACUCCUACAACUCAAAAAUCGGCUUUGGAGCUUCUUGCCAGCAUAGAAGAAUCAACAAACGUGGGGCCUGUCGCACCUCAGUCCGCAAGCUACGACGACGCCUCGAACGCACUGCGAGAAGCUCCGGCCGAGGGUCAAGGAAGGAUGACAGACGUGGGAGAGACGCCCGCCGGUGGCCGCGGACCGGUUUUCUCCCAUCUUGCAAAUCACCGAAACAACACUACAACCCAUCAAUCAGUCCAGCAAAUUCCAAGAAACUGGCCAUUGGAAGACACUGGUCCCCCAAAAGAACCUCGACCAAGAUGCCGUCCUAACCCCGCCACAGCGCUCGAUCCAAGUCUCGAGCACGUCAUGGCAGUCUUGGUCACUGAUACGUCCAGCCGGCCAUAUAAGGAUGGACAGAGAUACUAUAUUACACCCACAGAUCGAAUGCAGCUCGUUGCUGAUCAAAGCAUCGUGAAACAUGCUGAUCUCACCUCCAAAGUUGGGAAACCAAAGGUUGUUAGAGUUGAGACAAAGGUUAUCGAUACUGUCCGCUACCCAGGACGUUGCAUUUCGUCAUUGCUUCGGAACCGCGAGCUCGGCCUAAACUCUCGUGGACGACAUGUCGGAACGAUGGGUGAGCUCCGUCAAUUGAAGAGUGAGAUGAUUGAGCCAUGGAAAAAUUGGAAAGGAGCAUCUGGUGAUGUGGUCGCUGUUGCAUGGAGCCCAGAUUCCAAUGUGUAUGCGUUUGGGGCAGCCGCACAUACAAAUGUUGAGGAUAUACAGUACAACCGUCCUUGCAACCUAUUACUCGGUAAUCUCACUUCGAACCAAAUUCGAGAGCUACCCGAUCACAGGGUCGAUCGGCCGAAACCUGAAACCAUUCCCAAUGGACCCAAUGCUACUCGAGCUGUCUACGACGCUUGCGAUCCUAAAGUAUACGAGACCGUUACCUCAAUUGCGUUCUCACCCACCGGAGAUCGAAUGUUCACUGCGAGUCAUGACUGUACCGUAAAGAUCUGGGAUAUCUCUGCCGGGAAACACCAAUGUCUGAGCACUCUCCGCCACGAAGCCUGGGUGACUAGCGUCGAGAUCUCAGGGAACCGACCAAGUCUUUUUGCAACUGCCUCGAAGUGUGUCAACGGCGCCGUUCGAAUCUAUUACAAUCCUGCAGAACCUUCGCGUUACGAGAAAUUCUCGGCCUCGCGUGCAGAAACAAGGCCCAAUUGGAAAAUAUAUCCAGAAUGUUUAAGGUGGGGCCCAAACUCUUACAACAAUCAUCUACUACUGGCAGGCUUCCAACAAUGGGAGCAGCAGGGGGAUUUGCUUUCCGGUGGGGGACAGCUCUGCCUCUGGGACGCCAAUGUUUUCGAGAGCAUCAAAGUCACGCCAUCGUCACAAAGCGUUUAUGCUGCAGCUUGGCAUCCCACGGAGCCUUUCUUUGCUACGGGUGGCGCUCCCGGUAAUCACAUCAUUGACAAAACCAACACCAAAACUGUUGUUCGCACUUGGGAUGUCCGAACGCCGAAACGUUGUCAAGUCGAGUAUGAGUGUCCUGCUAUAGACAUGCAAGACAUCACUUUCUCUCCAUUAAAUUCAAAUAUUGUAACUGCUGGCUGUACAGACGGCAUUUCUUACGUUUGGGAUUGGCGUUGGCCAGAUCAGCCACUCCAUUGCUUGAAGCACGGCAGGCCCCUGGUGGAUUUGGAUCACACCAGAGAACGGGAAGAAGCUGAUACCGGAGUGAUGCUGAGCCUUUGGGGUCCUGGUGGCUCUCUGUUCUACACUGGUUCUUCCGACGGCAUGAUCAAGGCAUGGGAUGUUCGACGCCAUCCCAAAGAUGUGCUGAUCAGCAAUGUUGCCAAUUUUGAUGUUAGUAUACAAAGCGGAGCCUUCUCGCCAGACGGUAACAAUCUACUUGUCGGUGAUGCUGAAGGAGGCAUUCACGUUCUCUCAUCUGCUCCUUGUGGGCCACGUUCAAAUGUCCAAAGCACAGACGCGUAUAUUGAUCUCGUGAGAGCCUCUGAUGGAAGCGGCUUAAAACUUGAUCAAAACGAUGACAAUCCUGGCACAGAGGGUAUUGAAGCUGCUAAAUCGCUUAUCGAAUCAGGUCAACUGGAGCAUCAUAAAGAACUUGGAGUUGGACAGGGGCUUAAUUACCAAGGUCCCUACGCUACAUACGCUCGAAAAGCAGUCGUCGAGUGUGGUAUUGGCCGCCUGCGCAGAAGGUUCGAGAAGAAGCAACCAAUUUCGAAGAGGGGUGAGAAGCGAUGGGAUAUAGCAAUUCCAAUGACUUCUUUGCUCUACGAGAGGAAGGAAACAUUGGAUCGUGAGAAGGAUGGCGACAAGAUGGCGAACCUUAAUGAGCAUGAACCGAAGGCAAUGCAGCAACCGAAGGAUGGAGACAGCCUCCAGACAAGUCCCUUUUUCUCGACACCGCAAGGAGCAUCUGCCGUCGUUCAUCCGUCUUCCACAAGCCUCGUCGAUUCCGUAGAUAGCGAAAGUGUUGGCGCGACUGUUGUCGAUGUUAACGAGGAUCAUAGCGUUGAGUACAAUGCUAUUCCCGAAAGUGAGAUGGUUGAGGAAAAUUACUGGUGGGUGAGGAUGGGUGAGGAGGAGAUCGCUCAGGCGAGGGCUGGACGAGUGAAAUACUAG